AUGCAACGAAUCCGCGAGUUUGAUUCUUUGCAAGGUUUCAUGAGUUCCUUUAAACAGUUCGAGAGGAAAUUGGACAAGCUGCAGGAUGACGUAAACUACCACGGCAACACGUUGUCGGAAUUAAGGACGAUGGUCGUUAAUCUUGCAGUCGCCGUCAAUGCUGAACAACGAACGGAGGAGGUCAAGAUGCCCAAGAAGGCUAUAGGAGUGCAAUACGAAGAACACAAACCACGGCGGCUGGAGACCCUCCAGCCUUUGCCAAGCAAACUGAAGGCCAAGAGUCUCCAAGACCAGAAGUACGGGUUGCAGCCGUCGGUGGCGCCUGCGCAGAAGAAAGGCUCGAUGCCAGUAGUCGGCAAACAUCACCGGCCACGCAAGGCCGAAGCGCCAAGAAAAGCCACUACACUUCGAAACCAGAAAACUACUGAUAAAAAACGGAUUAAGCCGCGUGAAAAAUACAAUUAG